AUGAAUGGCAAUGAUAUGGAGGAAAUACCGUUUCAUAAAGUCAAGACCAAGAGGAAGAAGUGCUUCCACUGCUGCUGCUCUCCGCCUGCUGCCGCGGUGGCGGGAGCGGGAGCCAGGCUGGGAGAACCUCCUCCUCUGCUGCUGCUGGAUGCCAUUGCCUGUGAAGAUGAGUUCGACUGCAAGGAGCUGGAAGCUCUUUUCCAGAGCUACAACCUGAAGCUGGAGCAGAAGUCUACCCUCAAAGCGCUGGCCGUUCUCAUCGUGCUCACCGCCAGCCUGGCCCUUGUGGAGCUGCUCUCUGGACCCAGCUUGACCAUUUCCAAAGGCUCGCACCCGGUGCACUGCAUCAUCUUCCUUUCUCUCUUCAUCGUCACUAACGUCAAAUACCUGCAGGUCACCCAGCUGCAGCAGAUCGUCAAGCUCACCUUGCUCUUUAGCUUCACCUUCUCCUUCCUCUGCUGCCCCUUCUCGCUAGGCGCCUACGGCAUGGAACCCCUCAGCGCCCCGGAGCAGGGCAUGUGGCAGCUCAUGCUGGUCACCUUCGUCUCGUAUUCACUGCUCCCCGUCCGGACCCUGCUGGCUAUCGUUUUCGGACUCGUGGUGUCCGUCUCCCAUCUCAUCGUCACCGCCACCUCCGUCAGCGCCAAGCGGCAGCGGCUCUGGAGGACGCUUGUGGCCAAUGCAAUCCUUUUUGUCAGUGUAAAUUUGUAUGGAGUCUUUGUGAGGAUUUUGACAGAAAGGGCUCAGAGGAAGGCGUUCCUUCAGGCCAGGAACUGCAUAGAGGACAGGCUGAGGCUGGAGGAUGAAAAUGAAAAACAGGAACGUCUCUUGAUGAGUCUUUUGCCUAGGAAUGUUGCAAUGGAAAUGAAGGAAGAUUUUUUGAAGCCUCCUGAAAGGAUUUUCCACAAGAUUUACAUUCAAAGGCAUGACAAUGUUAGCAUUUUGUUUGCAGACAUUGUGGGAUUUACUAGUUUGGCAUCACAGUGCACUGCCCAGGAGCUGGUGAAGCUGCUAAAUGAGCUCUUUGGCAAAUUUGAUGAGUUAGCUACCGAAAAUCACUGCAGAAGAAUAAAAAUCCUAGGUGACUGUUACUAUUGUGUAUCAGGCUUAACCCAACCCAAAACGGACCAUGCCCAUUGCUGUGUUGAAAUGGGACUGGAUAUGAUUGACACCAUCACAUCUGUUGCAGAAGCCACAGAGGUUGAUCUCAACAUGAGAGUUGGAUUACAUACAGGAAGGGUGCUUUGUGGGGUCCUAGGUCUCCGAAAAUGGCAAUACGAUGUCUGGUCAAAUGAUGUUACUUUAGCCAAUGUAAUGGAAGCUGGAGGAUUGCCUGGGAAAGUUCAUAUUACAAAGACCACCCUAGAGUGCCUAAAUGGGGACUAUGAAGUAGAACCAGGAUAUGGCCAUGAAAGGAAUAGUUUCUUGAAGAAACAUAAUAUUGAAACAUACUUUAUUGUGCCAUCCCACAGGAGAAAGAUAUUUCCUGGACUGAUUCUAUCAGACAUUAAGCCCGCCAAAAGAAUGAAGUUCAAGACAGUCUGCUAUCUGCUUGUUCAGCUCAUGCACUGUCGUAAGAUGUUCAAAGCAGAGAUCCCUUUCUCCAAUGUCAUGACGUGUGAAGAUGAUGAUAAGAGGAGAGCAUUAAGGACAGCCUCUGAAAAGCUCAGGAAUCGUUCCUCUUUUUCUACCAAUGUUGUGUACAACACUCCAGGAACACGAGUAAACAGAUACAUCAGUCGUUUGAUAGAGGCCCGGCAAACUGAGUCUGAGAUGGCUGACCUGAACUUCUUUACCCUGAAGUAUAAACAAAUUGAGCGUGAAAAGAAAUACCACCAGCUUCAGGAUGAAUACUUCACCAGUGCUGUAGUUCUCUCACUUAUUUUAGCUGCCUUAUUUGGCCUUGUCUACCUUCUAAUAAUACCACAGAGUACCAUAGUUCUUGUUCUCCUGGUGUUCUGCAUAUGCUUCCUAGUGGCUUGUAUUAUGUACCUACAUGUCACAAGAGUACAAUGUUUUCCAGGGUGCCUAACAAUACAAAUUCGUACCAUUUUGUGUAUUUUUAUUGUGAUCUUAAUAUACUCUGUGGCUCAAGGAUGUGUGGUUGGCUGCAUGCCUUGGGUUUGGAAUACCAAUUCUAGCAGUUCGAUAGUUAUCAUUUCUCCUGGUGGAACAAAUAAAACAAUGAAUGAACUUCCAUGCGAUACAGCCCACUAUGGUUUCCUUUCCUGUGUAGUGGGGACACUCACCUUGGCAAUAUUUCUACGUGUAUCUUCCUUGCCAAAAAUUAUACUGCUGCUUUUUGUUACUAUUUUGUACAUAGUUAUUCUGGAACUCAGUGGUUACAGAAAAGCAGUGGGGGGUGGAUCCUUUUAUAUGCGAGGCUAUGAACCAACACUAGCUAUUUUGCUAUUUUCUUGUGCUUUGGCACUGCAUUCAAGACAGGUGGACUUGAAGCUACGUCUGGACUACCUCUGGGCUGUGCAGGCAGAAGAAGAGAGAGAUGAUAUGGAAAGAGUCAAGCUGGAUAAUAAAAGAAUUCUCUUCAACCUAUUGCCAGCACAUGUUGCACAGCAUUUUCUUAUGUCUAAUCCAAGGAAUAUGGACCUUUACUACCAGUCAUAUUCACAAGUGGGAGUGAUGUUUGCUUCCAUCCCAAAUUUCAAUGAUUUCUACAUCGAACUGGAUGGCAAUAAUAUGGGAGUGGAGUGUUUACGCCUGUUAAAUGAAAUUAUUGCUGAUUUUGAUGAGCUUAUGGACAAAGAAUGUUAUAAGGACAUAGAAAAAAUCAAGACAAUUGGAAGUACAUAUAUGGCAGCUGUGGGACUUGUACCUACUUCAGGAACUAAGGCUAAAAAAUCAAUUUAUUCCCAUUUGAGUACACUCGCAGAUUUUGCAAUAGAGAUGUUUGAUGUUCUUGAUGAAAUCAACUAUCAGUCUUACAACGAUUUUGUCCUAAGAGUUGGUAUUAAUGUUGGGCCUGUAGUAGCUGGAGUCAUUGGAGCCAGACGACCACAGUAUGAUAUCUGGGGAAACACUGUAAACGUUGCCAGCCGGAUGGAUAGUACUGGGGUGCAAGGGAAAAUUCAGGUGACAGAAGAAGUUCAGCGAAUAUUAAAGAGGUGCAGUUAUGAAUUUGUGUGCAGGGGUAAAGUCAGUGUAAAGGGAAAAGGUGAAAUGUUGACCUAUUUACUGGAAGGAAAGGCCAAUGGAAAUAAUUCACAAACACAGUCUUUAAACUUAGAGCGGAAAAUGUAUCCUUAUGGGAGAGCAAAUGUUCAAACAAAAUUGGGCACCAGCUGUCCGUCAGUGUCCUCAGUUGCUAGCUUAACUCCAAAAGCUGGCCUUGGAGCAGAUCAAGCAUCUACCACUCACACAAAUCAAACACUGCAUUAUCUUCCUUCUGUGCCAGCUGUGAAGGAGGCUUAG